CUUUCACAUCCUACCACCCAUAUCCCUAAUUUGAUCAAAAUUCCCACUCCCAACUUCGUUCCCACGCAUCAAGCCACCAACACCAUUUGAUCUCUACGCUCCUUGUCGUUAGACUUAGUCAACUUGGCUUGUUACCACGUCUAGCACCACUGUAACUCAUUGCUACUAAUCAUUAUAUCAACAUUUUACUACUUUAAUCUGGUUUCGCGAGCAACCGCAAGUCGAGGACGGAGGUAGCAAGCAAAAAAGCAAGCCCAACGCGAUCGCCCCUUGUUUAACUAUCGUCCACUCAUCCAUCCUUGGCCUUGCCUACUGCCCCUUCGCACUAAAAAUCGUUCUCCAAAUUUGCACUUAAGUCAAGCAGUGUUCAAUUGAACCAACGCGUCAAGAUUUAGAGAAUAUUACCGUUCCAUGAGUCGAAGAAUAUUGCGAUAAUUGAAACCCCGAAAUCUAGCCCGCGCCCAUCGUGCGGACCUCUAAUUACCCAACUGAGCUUAAAGGACGCUGCCUUAAAGCAAACAAAAACAACAAUGGCGUCUUUCUCAGUCUCAACACCCUCCCCGCCAGGUCGAGUGCAUACUCCAGGCACACCAAAAUUUGGUUACAACGAUUCUUGGGAGCCUUUCUCUCCCCGAAAAUCUGCCCGCAUUUCAGCUCAGCGCUCAACUCAACGCACGCCCUCUCCCCGCGCUCCGCAACACCGCACUCGCGCAUCUACAAGGAUUUCCUCGUCGGAUAUUUUUGCUACUCCUGCCACUUCUUCUCCGAAAAAGCGUCAGCCGGCCAUGGACUCCGUACGACGCGCCUCUGGCGCUUUAACUUACGAAGGCACCUCCAACGCUGCCGAUUCACUCGGAACUUCUUCGUCCCAGCACAAAUCCAAGGCCAGCACCGCCGCUUCUCGAGCCGCAACUAUGUUCCCCACUCCGGCCAAAACACCCAAGAAGCAGCCCGACGAGAAGGCCAAGGCUAAUGUUCGUGCGAUCGCACGCAGUCUAUUCUCAGAGACCGAUGCAAUUGCAACUCCUAAGAAAAGAAAGGCUAAGAAGUACACCGGCCUGACACUGGAUAGCUUCACUGCUGAAGACGUCGAGCAACCUAUCGAGAUCUUCACCGACACGCGCGACCGCAUCCCCGAGGCAGAUGAUACUGCUGCUAAUCCUUUCUACGAAAAGCACCCCGCAUCGUCUACUGCGGAACCCAAGUCUCCUAAGAAGCGAGGCCAAGGCAAACAGAUUUCUGUCCCUGGUGAAGGCAAACAGCCUCUCGACAAAGUUUUGCAACGAGAGGAUGGAAUCAUCUAUGUUUUCCGAGGAAAGAAAAUCUUCCGCAAGUUUUCGUCUAAUGAGGAUGUAGAUUCGGAUGAAUCUGGUAGCGAGAGCGAGGAGGUAGAGCUAAGCCGAGCUCAGAGUCAUGAGCGACUACGUCCGUUGACCCGCUCAUCUAUCAAACCGCGUCUCCUCUUCCCUACUAAGGGCAAGAAUGUUGCCAAGCCGACUACAGAUGAUGAGGAAGCUGCUACGGAUAUCGAAGAUCACGUGUUCAAGGAUGUGGAAAAGGAUGUGGAAGAGGAGGAUGAAAUCGAGGCUCCUACGACCCCUACCGCUAAGGUUACUGAGAAGCCAGGUACACCUACUGCACCUAGAUUCGCACCUGCUUCCCCUCCCAGCACAGUUCGAACUCGACGCACUGCUUUACACGCAAAGGCCGUCGAAUCACCCAUGAAGGUCACCAAGUCGCGCAGCCCCUUCGAUGGCUGGCGUCGCUCUAAGAGUCGUGCUGCUGCACAUGGUCAGAAGCGAGAGGGCGAGGAUUUGGCCAGACCAAACGAGUCGUCUAAGCGCCAGCGUGCCUAGUCGGCGGCUUUGAGCGAUACUAUGACUCGUCUGCAGCAGCUGGGAAGUCUUAAUGGAAAAAAGCUGCGAAAAUCGUCAGCCUAAGUUUCUUCAUGAUCUCCUUUCCCCUUUGUGGUUUUGGAUGGGAGGAAUUCGGUACAUUUCAGUACAUUUCGGCACAGUAAGGGUCCGAAACGGAAAGCUUGGUUUUACCAAGAGGUGUUGGGCGUCGUUCCCCGUAUGUCAAAGGUGACUUGAUCAAGAAAAGCCACAGAAAGGGUUGCUAUUGCUAUGUAGAUGUGUUGUUGGACUAAGAAUCCAGCCAUGUUAAUUGUUGCAGGUGGUGGGCUCAGAUAAUUAGCUUUGCCUUCAGAAUGAAUUGAGUGUUUUUUUAGUAAGGUUGAGGAUUAUUAUCGCGUUGGACAGGAGAGGUUUAUUAUUGUGAUUGGCGGGUUGAGCUUCUGAGCUUUUUUGUACCUAUUCUUAUAGAUUCACAUCGCCGACAACUACAUCGCCGACAGCUGCGGACGAGGUUAUUUGCUUUACUUAUACCUUGCAUCCUUUAGCAGUCUAGCUACGUAUUGCUAUCAGAUAAUCAAUUUACACACGUCGCCGAUA